CUGACCAGGAAGAGUCUGCAAGAGGAAAACACAAAGACAAGAUCAAGAGAAGAAGGGAAGAUACUCUGGAGAAAACUUACUCCAACCGGACAAUAGCUUUUGCGCAUUCCCUCUUACGGAUAAUACAACGACAAAUACUGCGAACAUGCCUUUCUCGAGGAUGAGGAUGAGGCCGUGGCUGGAGCAGAUGAUCGAGUCCAACACCAUCUCGGGGCUGCACUGGGUUGACAAGGACCAGAAGAUGUUCUGCAUUCCCUGGAAGCACGCGGCUCUGCAAUGCUGGCAGAUGGAAAAGGACGCCUCUCUGUUCAAAAUGUGGGCCAUCCACACCGGGAAGUACAGUCAUGGCCAGAACACCGACCCAAAGACGUGGAAAGCCAACUUCCGCAACGCAAUGAACUCGCUGCCUGACAUUGAGGAGGUGAAAGACAAGAGCAUCCACAAGGGCCAACAAGCCGUGCGCGUCUUCAGAAUGUUGCCUGUCACCCCUAAAUCUGGAGAUAAACACAGAAAACCAAAGGACAAAAAGCAGAGGAGGAAGAUGGUCAAGAAAGAGGAAGACACAGACUACAGCGAUACUCAGUCUCCCAUGGAUGUGUCAAUGAUGGAGGAGUCCACCCAGGAGAACACGGUGGACAGUACAGUGAUGACAGAGCAGCAAGUUUGUGGAUCGGACCAUUUAGUCCCUGACUGGGCUCUCUCACUCAAGGUCGAGACAGAUAACUUUUCCAACAACUAUUGCCAGAGAUUCCAAGUUUCACCCGACCACAGCCCCGAUUACAGCUAUUCCCCUGACAUUAUUGAGCAACUGGAGAGAGACGCAAACUUUUUGCCGAGCAGUUUCGACGUCAUGAGGUUCCUGAACAAUGAAGUAUGCAAGUUUGCAACCAACUAACCAACCAUCUAACCAACCCAACGUCCAACCAGCCAAACGUCCAACCAACCAGCCAAACGUCCAACCAGCGAAACGUACAACCAAAGAACAAACCAUCUAACCAACCCAACGUCCAACCAGCCAAACGUCCAACCAACCAGCCAAACGUCCAACCAGCCAAGCGUCCAACCAAAGAACAAACCAUCCAUCCAACCCAAGGUCCAACCAGCCAAACGUCCAACCAGCCAAACGUCCAACCAGCAAAAAGUCCAACCAGCCAGCAAAACGUCCAACCAUCCAAACGUCCAACCAACUAACCAAACGUCCAACCAGCCAAAUGUCCAACCAACCAGCCCAACAUUGCAGCAAAGUUACAGACUCAUAGAUAUCAGAGACAUUAACAUGCCUGAUAUUUUUCAUCUAGCUCCAUCAAUCGUUCUCUGAGAAAUCAGUGAAAAUGUUGUAAAACUCCUCACAAUG